GGUUUGAUUCUUUGAUUGGUCUUGGUUUAUUUCAUCAUUGUAUUUUCCGUGUAUUACGUAUUUAACAAAAGACAAUAAGAUUAAAAAGUAUCGCAUCUAAGUCUUAGACAAAUAAGUAUAAGAUCUAAGCGUAAUUAAUUACCAGUUAACGUAUUCCAUUAUCCAAACAUAAUGGACAGAGAAGAAGGUGAAAUGAGCGAUGAUAACGCUAUGCUUGUUGAUGAUGAUAUUAAAGAUAAUAAAGAACCGAUUUCGUUUACAGAGGACUGUACAGUUGUGUAUAAAGCGAAUAAAGCCGGUCUGAUAAUUGAAAAAUUAGAGAAGGUUGAUGCCUCUAAAAUAGAAGAAAGAGCUAAACGAUUUGGUUUAAAUCUAACUGGGAACAGAGUUAUCACUCAAAGACAAAUAGAUGACCUUUAUUCAAAUUUUGGGAUAGAAAGUGGAAAUGAGCGGCAUUUUCGUUUUGAUGCAUUGAAUUUGAAUGGUGUGGAUGGGCUUACUACUAAAGAAAUAUUUCAAUAUUUAGAAGACUACAAACCAUUGUCUUUAGAGUGGAUUGAUGAAAUUUCAUGUAAUGUAGUAUGUCAAGAUCAUAUUUCAGCUGCACUGGCACUUCUGGUCCAUUCCAGAGAAAUCAGGGAUGAAAAUUUAAAGCAGAUGCUUGAUGAGAAACCUAAUCACCAUUGGCGUGAAGGCAUGCCACAUCCCAAAAAAGAUUUAAUUUUAAUGAGAUUUGCCACAAAUGGAGAUAAAAAAGUAAUGAAAAAGAAACCACAAAGAAAAAAUGUUGAUGAAUUUUAUGACCAAAGUAUGGAUUCUAUAAGCAAAAAUCCCUGGGGUGAUUUAUGUAAGUCUUGGGGAGUUUAUGAUCAUCAAGAAGUUUUCCACAAUAAGCCUAGGUACAGGGAUGAAGAUGAUGAUUAUGAUGCAAAGCCAGAAAAAGUAAUAAGGAUAAAAAAUAAAAGCCUGGCUAGUAGGCUUGGUAAAAGGCAUGUUGAUAAUAAUGACAAUCAGGAUGAAAAUCCUGAAGAUAGUGCAUCUGAUUCAGAAUGGAAGAUUAAAUCUAAAACUCCAAGGAUGAGAAUGCAUGCAGAUGAUGAAGAAUCAAAGCAAAAGAAAAAGCUAGCUUUACAACAUUCUAAAGAUGAAGAAGAAUACUCAGCAUUGUCAAUUGAAGUUGACAGUUCUGGCCGUAAUUAUGUUCCAAGAGAAUAUUCAAAGCUGUCAGACAAAUUUAAAAAGCAAAGUAUACCCAAGAAGGUGCAUGGAAUACAAUCACGUUUAGGUGAUAAAGUUGUUCCUCACGAAGGUAGAUCCCUUUCAAGUGAUGAAUCAUCGCAGAACUCUGACAGUAUUGUAAUGAGCAGGGUGCAUAAAGUGAACAACACUAAUAGUGUUUGGUCUAGAUUAGAAAUAAAAACGGCUAAUACAAGUGCUCAGAGUGAUUUGCGUCAAAUAUUGAAAUCUAGAAAACAUAAGAAAAAUGAUGACCUCCGUGACAAACUAGGGAAAUCUAAACAGACUAACUUAAGAAUUGAAAUAGACAAUAAUUAUGCUCAUGAUUUAUAGUUUUACUCUUGCAUAAUAAGCCUUAUGUAUGUUUUAGCAAAUUAUAUGUUAGUUAUAUUCAGUGUUUUCAAAUAUAAUGUUUUUAUGAUCUGUAAUGUCUUAAUGAAAUGAACUUUACAUAUUUUAUUAAAUCAUUAAUGUUUAUUAACAAUACCAAUAUGUAUUCUCGUUUCAUUGUUAUAAUUUGUAAAUAGCUCAAUACAAAGUGUAUUUUUCUAUUUUAUCAUUAAGAUGAAAUAGAAUUGUGUUCAAAAUAUGCUGUAAACUGAUGAUGUACUUAAAAAUAAUGUUGUUACUUGUUAGUAGUGCCUCAUACUUUGAUUUUGUUACUGAUAUUGAACAAAGUAUUUACAUAUUUUAUACAUACUGUAGAAUAUUUCAUAUAGAUAGAUGGAAAACACUUAAGCCUGCAGAAAAGUAACACACAUGAUUUACAUUGGAGACAUACAAGAUAAUUCUUUGGGAAAUCAAAUAAAAUGCAUUCAAACUGG